ACACAUGUUUUGCUUUUUUUCACUGCAGCAACACGUGUUUUUCUUUUUUUCUCCAAAAUUGUUUUAUCUUUCCAUUUAUCUCUUUGCAGUGCACACGGGAACCUUGGAGAAUUCUAAAAUACAAAAAAAAACCGGAAGUUGAGAUUUUUUUUAUUGUUCUUUGCAUUUCUUUUGCACGUUUUCUAGAAGUUUUUGACUCACUUUGGUGGUGUUGAUUUCAUGGCCACCUCUUAGUCCCAGCAUCGCUGCGUUUUUGUGGAAUUUUGCAAUUUGGAUUAAUGGGUUUCGACAUUUGCGUUCUGAAUGGUUCGUGCACUCACGAAUACGUGACCACUUGCAGCUAAAACAUUGACCUCCUGUGAUCAUUUGAAGGAAUGUGUAGUCGUGAAUCAAUUGUGUUGCUGUUUGCUGGAAAGUGGUCACUCUGAGUUUUAGAUGCUAUUGUCUUUGCUGUGAAGUUAUUUUAUUUGGUCCUGAUUGUAUUUCAGGAACUCAAGGUCACCUUCCCCAUGCUUGAAAGUUGAGGAUCUUGCCCGUUUGCAAUUUCAGACAACUCCUAUCUAUAUUGAUGUAGAUGAUGGGAGAACCAAGGUCACAAAUGAAAGAUUGCUUCAGGGUUAUCUUGUGGUUCCCUGUGCCAAGCGAUUUAUUGUUCUCUAUUCCUUUUUGAAGAGACACCAGUCAAAAAAAGUGAUGGUUGUUUUCUCUUCAUGCAACUCACUCAAAUUUAUUUUUUUCUCUUCGUGUUAUUGUUGCUGUUGCGCUAGAUUCAAUUGUUUCAGGUUUGUGCUUUCGCCCCUGCUGUGCUGGAUUCAAUUGUCACAUUUGGAUUCGAUUGUUUCAACCCCUUUCAGAUUUGCAAGACACAUCAUGUAGUUAUUUGUAGUUCUAUGUUCCUCAGUUUUUAAAAUACACCAGUGACAGGGCAUCCUGGGAAACAAACAAGCAUGCCUCCAAUCUAUUCACUGUCUAGGAAAACUCCAAUGAAAAAAUUCUUCAUUCUCUGUUUGAUAUACUCUCUCUUCAAUGCUUGUGUUUUGAACACUUCAUACUUACUUCCAUUACUAUGAUUUGGUGCAUAGAAAGCCUCUAAAUAUGGCAGCCACAAGCACGGAUAAGUUGGAGGCAGGAACGGUUUCAAGUUAUGACAGGAAAAGUGAAAUCAAGGCAUUUGAUGAUUCAAAGACUGGUGUCCAAGGACUGGUAGAAAAUGGUGUAACAAAAGUUCCACUUAUGUUCUAUUGUGAAAACUCUAAUCUCAAUGAUGGCAUAACCAGUGCAUCAAAUUCAAAGAUCAGCAUCCCCAUAAUUGACCUCACAGUCAUCCAUGAUGAUCCUAUUUUGAGAGAUCAUGUUGUGGGAAAAGUUAGAUAUGCAUGUGAGAAGUGGGGCUUCUUUCAGGUUAUAAAUCAUGGAAUUCCAACUCAUGUUUUGGAUGAGAUGAUCAAAGGAACUUGCAGGUUUCACCACCAAGAUGCAAAGGCGAGGAAAGAGUACUACACUCGCAAAGUAAGCCGAAAAGUUGCUUAUCUUUCCAAUUAUACUCUUUUUUAAGACCCUUCUGCUGAUUGGAGGGAUACACUUGCAUUUUCCUUGGCACCUCAUCCACCCGAAGCUGAAGAAUUUCCUACAGUUUGUAGAUUAUAGCCCCAAGCGGCAUAUGAGGUGGAUAUCCUUUGGUAUAUAGUUGAGGUUAAUUUCACUGCCACUGCCUACAAAUCGACCAAAUAGCAUUGACCCUGCAUUGAAAAUGUCUGGUAGAUUUGAUAGUGAAAUUGAUAUUGGUGUUCCUGAUGAAGUUGGAAGACUUGAAGUCCUUCGCGUACAUACCAAAAACAUGAAGCUUUCAGAUGCUGUUGAUCUAGAGAGAAUUGCAAAAGAUACUCAUGGAUAUGUUGAUGCUGACCUUACUGCCCUUUGCACUGAAGCUGCUCUUCAAUGCAUCAGGGAGAAGAUGGAUGUCAUUGAUUUGGAAGAUGAGAGUAUUGAUGCUGAAGUGCUGAAUUCUAUGGCAGUUUCAAAUGAGCAUUUCCAUACUGCUCUGGGAACAAGCAAUCCAUUUGCUUUACGAGAAACUGUUGUUGAGGUGCCUAAGGUCAGCGGGGAGGAUAUUGGAGGCCUUGAGAAUGUCAAGCGUGAGCUGCAAGAGACUGUUCAAUAUCCUGUGGAGCACCUAGAAAAAUUUGAGAAGUUUGGUAUGUCACCAUUAAAAGGGGUUCUCUUCUAUGGUCCUCCAGGAUGUGGAAAAACUUUGUUGGCCAAAGCAAUUGCUAAUGAAUGUCAAGCUAAUUUCAUCAGUGAGGGGCCCAGAAUUGCUCACUAUGUGGUUUGGUGAAAGUGAAGCCAAUGUUCGAGAAAUUUUUGACAAGGCCAGACAAUCAGCUCCAUGUGUCCUCUUUGAUGAGCUUGAUUCCAUUGCUACUCAGGUCUAUUUUUGUACUUCGCAUCCAUGCAGGCCAGGUUGAAUUAAAUUAUGAGGCUGGGUUGAAAGGAAUUGUAUGAUUUUGUUGCCAAAUCUGUAGAUGAUUUAAGGAGAUAAUGUUACACGAUGUUUUUCCUAUGUCUAAGUUGGUUUUUCCUAGAAAUAUUCUAAAGUAUCAUCAACGCAUGUUGCGUGCACCUGGGAGGCUAAGACAAACUCAUCAAAACAUUGUAUCUCAAGAGAAUAGUGCACCACCAUUUCCAUCAAAGAAGGAUUUUGGACGAUUUUAUCUUAUUUUA